AUGAGAAAAGAACACGAAUUUCGCAUGGAAGAAAUGGCACUGGAAUACCAGCAAAGGCGGGAAGAUCGGGAGCAUGAAAUGAACCUGCUCCGGUUGUUGGUACAUCCUCAAGGACCGUCACCAUAUCCCAUCAAUCCAAUCUCGAAUCCAAUGCCACACAAUUAUCCAAGUAUCCAUACACCUUUGCCUGCAAAUACGUUGUUAAUGUUAUCAACUAGUGGUAGCUAUGACAAUGGUAACACUGAGACAGACAGCAUUGGGUCCAUUGGCAAGAAGACAUACUUUUCGUUGUAG